CCAUUGGGCCAUGAAACAUUUCCAGGUACAGCCCAAUAGAGCAACUGAAAUAAAAAGGAAAAAUGGUUGAAGACUAAAGAUUGUUAAACCCUCCUUAAGCCCUUCGCUUUCCUCUGGGAAUUUGGUAUUCAUCCAUGGCAAUGGCUCGUCGAUUAGUUAGACCUUUAAGAGGAAUAGCCAAAAGGGUUUUGCUUCAGCAGCAACCCCAGCCAGUCAUCUUCAAUUUUACUAGAAAUUACAUAUCGGAGAUGCGUAGAGAAGCAUUUGAAGAGAACAUUCUCAGACUCCUCCGUUACGAGAUUCGCUACGAGCUUGAACAUUCUCCUCCCUCUCAGCCUAUCACAAAAUUUGAUUCAUUUAUCAUUGAUGAAAGGCCUGGAGAGCAAUGGAUUAAAUUAAACAAGAAAUUUGGAGAGAAUGAAGAAAUUAAAGUUGAAGUUACUAUGUUUGAUGCAUCUAUUCCUGUUCAAAAAGGUAGUGAUGUAUCUGCAGCAGAUGAUGUGCAACUUCACAUAACUAUGAUUGUCAAUGUUCUCAAAGGAGAAGGCAAUGAAGUGCUCGAGUUUGUUUGUUCUGCAUGGCCAAACAGCGUUGAGAUUCGUAAAGUUUAUAUGCGUGGGCAAAAUGGCAUAGUGGAUCAGCCUUAUGUGGGCCCUCCAUUUAAAGAAUUGGAUGAUGAACUGCAGAAUUCUCUUUAUGAUUUCCUAGAGACAAGGGGAAUAAGCGAUGAACUUUGUGCAUUCUUACAUCAAUACAUGAAGAACAAAGAUAAACUUGAAUUUGUUCGCUGGAUGGAAAAGUCCAAAUCGUUCAUAGAGAAGAAAUAGAGAUAGUGGUUGCCUUUCUCCCACGAAUGUUGUUUUGCUGACUUGCUUGCGGACCAUUCUCUGGAUGUCAUUACUUGUGAAAAGUUAUACUUGCAGGUUUAGAAUGUGAAAGAAACACUUUUUAGCUCAAUUGGAAGUUUGGCCAUACUAAUAUAUGUCUUUUCAAGGUUUCCUACUACAUCAGAGACAAAUCAGCCUUACCGAAAAGACAGGCAAUAACAUUUACUAACUAGUUGAUGUAUUGCAUGAAGUUCAAAAUCAUCUCACAUUCUUCAAUCACA